AUGUCUGGCCCUCCGCCCACGGCACAGGAGGCCCCUGCUGCCCUGUCGUCGAUUCAGCAUGGCACUCUCCAAGCCCCGCCAUCGCCACAGACGCAUCGCGCCUUGAGACGACUCCACGAUGCCACACCACCGCCGCUAUAUCAACCAACUGCCGCCUCAAACGCCCGACGAUCAGGGGUGAAGAAGCCCGUCUUUUCACACGGCCACUUGUCUCUCCAGCAGAUCAUUCGCGAUGGGCCAAACGAUGGCGAUUUCAUAGGUGCGCUGGAAAGCGCUAGGUGGAAAGUCGUUGAUGAAGGCGUCAAAGCCGCAGAGGAUGGAAUGUCUCCAUUGAGGAUAUACGUAUGGCUCGUCCUUUUGGACGCCCCAAUCAUGUCUACAGACGAAUACCUAGCCCUCAUACAUCGUGGUGCUUCUCCGGCAUACGCCAAGAUCCGCAACGAUACCUUUCGCACGCUUACGACCGACCCUCUCUUCCGGCGCCGUGUUAGCGAGGCAAGCUUGAUUCGACUGCUGAAUGCCAUUGCCUGGCGACUUCACGAUUCAAAAGAAGAUGAACGCCAGAGCAGCCGUCCUGGCAGCAGCCAUUCGUCUAUACCUCCGCGGGAUGGCGUUGCAGGCAGCCACUCUGGCCAAUCUCAAGCGAUUCUCGAGCCAGGUGUCUACGUCCAAGGCAUGAAUGUUUUGGCUGCCCCUUUUCUAUACGCCGCACGAAGCGAAGCCGAAGCGUUUGUCGCUUUUCACUCUCUGUUGACUCGCGAGUGCCCUGGCUACAUCCGUGGCGCCAUGGAUGGCGUGCAUCGCGGGCUUGCCUUGGUAGACAAAGUCUUGGCCAUUGUCGAUCCCAAACUUGGCAUGUAUCUCACGUCAAAGGGGCUCUCGGCCGAAAUCUAUGCUUUCCCCUCUGUACUAACACUCUGUGCAUGUACACCGCCACUACCCGAGGUGUUGCGCCUUUGGGAUUUUCUCUUUGCGUAUGGGCCGCAUCUUAAUAUUGUGUGCAUUGUAGCGCAGCUUACUAUUAUGCGGUCGCAGAUCCUUCAAUCCCAGAGUCCAAACAAGCUUCUGCGAUCAUUCCCACAGCUAAAUGCCGACCUCGUCAAGAGCAUCACGAUCAGCAUCAUUAAGAAGAUACCGGACGAUGUUUACGAAGAGAUCGCCACGCAUGCCAUGUGAAGAUGAUGGGACGUAAUGAAACACUUGCUGCCCCUCUUACUAAAGAGGGUCACAAUGAACAGUAAGGCCCAGUAAAGGGGAAAUCUAGUAUACUGUUGAAGAGAAACGCGCCACGUGAUAGCAUGCUUGACGCGUUUCCAAUGACGAUCCGACCCAGAUGGAUGGAGUCAGUGGCUCUCCGGCCCGACAUCAGCCUUGGCAUCAGGCAUCCCCUUAGAGGCCCUGCUCCUCUGCUAUCGGGCAAUUCUUUUCUAGCAUCGUUGAUCUUAUUUUUUGGGAGAUAUUGGCGCAUGUAUUUGUAUUUGUCGAUGAAUUUAAAGGCACUGGUUAGCGGCCUAGCAACUACAGAGGAAACGAAACCAUUCAAUGUAUUAGGUAUUGGAAGAGAUGGGAUGACACAUAUUGGCCAAAUUUGGGGUACAGCAAGGGAUUGCUGCAGGGUCUGCAUUCGGGAAUAAUAUUACGACUCACAUGAUGAAACGGACAAAGAGCAAUACAAUGACUAUUUUCAAG